CAUGCCAUUUUAAACGAUUUUCUGCAUAUUUUAUUAUGUCCUAAAAAUUCUUGAGUGCAGAACCAUGUUGCUGUUGAUGAUCGUCUGUUUAAUUCUCCUUCAGACAUCUACGGCAGUUGGUGCCUAUAACUACCGAGAAAUAAACAACAGAAUCCCAUGGAAACCUGUGUAUAGAACAGGAAAAGAAUCAGAAGAUAACGUAGAAAAACUAACGACAAAGUUUGCCGAACACGAGCUGAUAUUGAGAACCAAUACCGAGUUAGAAGAUACUACAGUAAACAAUGAAAAUGAAACUAUUUUUAAUACAACUCUCGAUGAAGAGGCUGAUUUAACUAGUACUGCUAUUCCAACUACUGAAAUUAUAAUACCAAAUGAUACAAUUACGAUGGAUACGAUGAAUUCAGCUGCUCUAGACGUACCCGCUUUGAUGAAUUUGAUAAUGAACCUGACGAGUGAUAUCGAGUCAAAUCUAACAAUGAGACUGAACGAGACGUUGCAGAGAAUGUCUUUGCCGACGUGCGGUACGCCCACAACAGUACCAACCACGACCUCAGAGUAUGAUGCUAAUUACACUGGAUCUAUCGUAGCAAAGUGCUUCGUAUGCGGUCUGGAGGUCCGCGGGGUGCCGGCGCACGCGCACUGCGGCGACGCCUUUGCUGGAGACUUCCUACCACUUGUACCCGUCGAUCCCACUGCCAAAUCAAAAAUAUCCAGAUUCAGAAAGUACUGCAAAUAUCAAAAUAUUCCUGGGUUCGCGUACAACUCGUCUGACACGCGGUCCAUUUUCGGCCGGUGGACGGGCGGGUGCGCGGUCCGCUGGGUGGACCUCAGCGGGAUCUACACGCAGCGCACCUGCCGCAGCCGCCUGGCACCGUCCGUCGGGCAGCAUUACGGCAGCAAACGCAUGGCUAAGCUGGAGAGGGCUUUAUGGAUGGUGGACAACGGUUGCAUCGUGAGUCCCAUGGCGACACUAGUGCCGCUGUCGCGCGGAGUAUCGCUGUACGCGCGUUUUCACGCGUGCGUGUGCACCGGCAGCUGGUGUAACGUGGCGCCCAACGUGGGGCCGCAACUGUUCAAUGUGGUAUCCGUGCUGAUUGUAAUGUUUCAUUGCUGA